AUGAAUGGUGCAAUGGGAACUCGUCGUUUAUCGACUGCUGCUGCCGUUCCCCGUGAAAAAUGGUCUCUAAAGAAUUUAUUUUAUCCACAAUUCGAUUCGCUAACCAUAGAAAAGAAGUAUAUCUUGAGUUAUCUAAAGAAGAUUUAUCCGUCGAGUCAUCGUCUACUGGUCAUCAUAUUAAUUAGUCAUGCAUUAAUUAAUUUACUGAAAAUCUUCCUAUUCGAUUCCUUAUCGAAAGAAUCGAAAAUAUUUCAUUUAUCAUUAUUAGCGAUUAGCAUUUGUCUAAAUAUCCUUUCAUUGGUCAUUAUUAAUCGUCUUCGAAUUCACAUUUUAUCGAAUAUCAUUUCAUUUAUAUGUCUAUGUCCAUUAGCAAUUUUAAGUUGUUUCUAUCCAACAGAAUGCCACAUAUUUUUGCUAAUCGUAUUGAUCUAUACAUUGGCAAAUUUCUCUUUACUUCCAUCGAUGCUUCUGUCGGUUUUAAUUACGCUCAUUAUCGUAUUCUUAACAUUGGAUACGAUGAUGAUUUUAGUACUAUUGGUAAUAUCGAAUCUGAUUGGAAUCUAUCUGAAUCGUCUGUUAGAUAUAACCAUGCGUUCAGCAUACAAUCAAUUGUGCAAAAAUGCUAACGUUCGUGGUUCAUUAUUAACUGAACAUACAUUAAUAUCGAAAAUGAUUGAUUCGUUAAUGCCACGUAAAUAUGCGACGGUGAUCAUGCAAGAUUUCGAUGUAUUUCGUAAUCGGGUGCAAAAUGUUAAUACGCCACAGCCAGCGGAUGAUGAAUUGAAAAUGGCCACGUUUCGACCAUUACACAUCGAACGAAUGGAAAACGUUUCGAUUCUAUUCGCUGAUAUUGUCGGCUUUACUCAUAUGUCAUCGAACAAAAGUGCAGCACAAUUAGUAUCACUAUUAUCAGAUUUAUAUGGUCGAUUUGAUGAUUUAUGUGUGCAAAUGUCAUGUGAGAAAAUAGCAACAUUGGGUGAUUGUUAUUAUUGCGUUAGUGGUUGUCCUGAACCGCGAGAAGAUCAUGCACGAGCAUGUGUACUGAUGGGUUUGGCGAUGAUUAAUGCUAUAGAAGAGUUCGAUGAGGAUAACAAUGAAAGCGUUGACAUGAGAGUCGGUGUUCACUCUGGUUCGGUUAAUUGCGGUAUUGUUGGAACAAAGAAAUUCAAAUUCGAUAUCUUCUCCAAUGAUGUAACAUUAGCGAACAAAAUGGAAUCUACUGGUAAACCAGCUCAUGUGCACAUAACGGAAGCUACGCAUUUAUUAUUGAAACGAGAUGAAUUUCAAUUUGAACGAGGUCCGCUCUACGAAUCACCAGGCCAUGCUCCCAUUGAAACGUAUUUCAUCGGUAAACGACAUUUAAGUCAUCGAAUUACACAAAAACCGCCGCAGAUGACGUUAGCAACUGCUGCAGCAGUAGCGGUUGCUUCUGGUGUACCAUUAUCAGUUCCCUUGAAUGAAUCAAUCAAUAUUCCAAAUUCGUCUGAAUCAGCCAUGGUAACAAGUCCGUUAUUAGAAGAAGUUGUGCAAGCUCGUCGUGCAACAAUAUCUGAGGAAGAGCCUCCGAAGGAGUUGAACGGUCUCGUGGAAAAAGUUGAAAAUAUUAAUGACACGACAUUUGAAAAUGAAGAAAAAGAAUUAGCAAUGUCAUUCAAUGUUUUAACAUUAAAAUACAAAGACAAAAAAUUCGAAGAGGGCUUCUCUGCGCAUGUUGGUCCACAUUCAUUAUUGAUCGUGGAAGUCAUCCUUUCGAUUCUUUCGCUUCUUUUAAUUUAUAUUUAUUUUCUUAAACAUCAAAUUGUCCGAAGAUCCAUUGCCAUGAGCAUUAUCAUUGGUAUAAAAUUGAUUUUAACAUUAAGUGUACUACGUUUUCAUCGUACGGUUUUAAAUUGGUGGAUUUUAAGACAUUUUAUUGCUUCGUUCUAUCUUUUAUCACCUUUAAUUAUCAUUUUAUGUCAAUUAUUUGAUUAUGAUUUAACUUCACCAGCAUUUUUCCUUUUCAUUUCAACUUAUCUUACCUUAGGUGCAUCUUUAUCUCAUUUGAUCAAAGUUCUUAUUGCCAUUAUAUCCAUUGCCAUUUAUCUACCUUUGAUUUAUUUCAAAGAUAAACAUUCAAUGCCAUCACAUGUCAACGCAGUGGAUAUCGGCAUUUGCGUAUUAAUUUCCUUAAUAGUUUUGUAUGGUAUUAGUCGUCAAUUAGAAGUAGCUCGUCGUUCUCAAUACCACGUUGUUCAUACGUCGUCCGAACAAAGAAUCGAAAUAGAAAAAGAACGUGAACGUGCUGAUUGGCUUUUGAGAAAUAUUCUACCGGAACACGUUAUAGAACCAUUACGUCUUCAUCAUGGUUCGUACUCACGUAAUCAUCCAUGUGUGGGCGUUCUUUUUGCAUCAUUAAUCAAUUAUCAUCUCAUGUAUGAAGAACAAUUUGAGGGAGGAAAGUUCUAUGCCAGAAUUCUCAAUGAAUUCUACGGCGAUAUCGAAGAACUUUUUCUCAAUCCGAAAUUUGCCAAAAUCGAGAAAAUCAAAACGAUUGGUUCAACAUUUAUGGCUGCGUCGGGUUUGCAAACCGAUGUAAACGAUAAAAAUCCAUUAGAAUCUGUCUGCGACUUGAUUGAAUUUGCAUUGGCAUUUCAAGCGACUAUGGAACGAUUCAACGAAGCUCUACUGAAUUUUGCAUUCGAACUUCGGAUGGGCCUCAAUUUUGGACCGGUAACAGCUGGUGUUAUUGGUACAACCAAACUCUUCUAUGAUAUAUGGGGAGAUACGGUCAAUGUUGCUUCACGAAUGGAUUCAACUGGUGAAAAAGGACGAAUUCAAGUUCCGGAGACAGUCGCCGAGGCUUUAAAAGACAAAUAUAAAUUUGAAUUGCGAGGAGAAAUCGAUGUCAAAGGAAAAAGUCGGAUGACAACCUAUUUUCUUAUACCAAAUAAAAAACUCUGA